AAAUUAGGCAUCGAUUGCAUCUUGCUUCCGAUAAAGCCAACGUUGCCUGUGCAAUUUGUUAUUUAUAUCGUUUAUCUCGUCAAUAUUAACAAGAAAAAAACAGUCUUAAAAUGAGAGAACAACCGUUAAGAGAAGUUACACAACUGAUACAUGCCAUCGAAAUGGGCUUGGUGGAAGGCUCCUACAGCAUCACAAACAAGACGCUGGACAUUUUCAAAUACAUCAUCAUGAGCAAAAGCUGGCAAAGUGCCGAAGCUCUCAUGCAAAUUGUGCGCGCCCAAUCGCGCAUCCUGCAGGCAGCACUGCCACAGGAGACCGUCACCUCCAACAUAGCACGUCGCAUACUGAAGAUGACACGCGAGGAGUUUGAUCUGUUGCAGGCAAAGGUACAGCACUUUGCGGACGAUUCGCAAGCAUCGCUAUCGCUGCACAAGCUGGUCACGCAGACCAGCGAGAAUUGCGUCAGCGUCGACUAUUCAUUGCCGCAACAGGGACUCCGGGAAGCACUGCUCGAUCAUUUACAGGAGGUCGAAACCGAGCUGGAGACCAGCUCUGAGAACAUUAGUGUCCAAGCCGAGGAACACAUUCACUCGUCCGAGAUCAUACUUACCCUAGGCCACUCGCGCAGUGUCGAAAACUUUCUGAAACGGGCCAUCAAGAAACGACAGUAUCUCACCAUCAUCGUAGCCGAGUGUGCACCAUCCUGUCGGGGUCAUAAUCUGGCUGCCACUUUGGCCCAAGAGAAGAAUGUGGAGAUAAUUGUAAUCCCGGAUGCGUCCAUAUUUGCAAUGAUGUCGCGCGUCAAUAAGGUCAUCAUUGGCACACACAGCGUUCUGGCCAAUGGUGGACUGCGUGCUGCAUGUGGCGCCUAUACAGUUGCCCUGGCUGCCAAGCACUACUCAGUGCCGGUCAUUGUGUUGGCGCCCAUGUACAAAUUGUCGCCAUUGCACUUGUGUGAGCAAGAUGCAUUUAAUAUGGUUGGCUGUGCAGAGGAUGUCAUUGCGUAUGACUCGCUACCGGCACGGGAUGCCAAAGUCUACAGUCCCAUUUUUGACUAUGUGCCACCAGAACUGGUUACACUCUUUAUAUCCAAUACCGGCGGUCAUGCUCCAUCUUACGUUUAUCGUCUGCUCUCCGAGCUCUAUCAUCCCGAGGAUCUGGAGAUCUAAAAUAGUAAAUGUGAUGCAAUAGAAAGUAAAAUAUAUUUUGUGAAUAUUCAAAGGACUAGGCAUCGAUGACAACAACAAUAAAUUAGUCAAUGUGCGCAA